AUUCAGGAUUCCGAGUUAGUACCGCGCGACUAGACUCUCUUUGGAUAAUUUCUUGGUCGGUUUUACUCGUUGCGCGAAACAUGAUUCCUUUCACCAUGACAAGAUUGUGUCUGCGGCAGACUCGGAUAAGUGCCGCUCGCUUCUUGAGGAAACCGUUCAGCCAGAAACUAUCGGCACGCUUCACAGUCACAAAUGGUGCUGCUCCGUCGCUGAAGCUGGUGUCUGGCAAAGACAAAUUGGUCGGGGGCUGGCUCCUGACCUGCAGCGGAAUGGCCUUCGGAGCUGUCGUCCUGGGAGGCAUCACCAGAUUAACGAAAUCGGGUCUCUCCAUGGUGGAUUGGCACCCUUUCGAUGAAGGACGUCCGAGAACGGAGCAAGACUGGCAGAGAGAGUUCGAGAAAUAUCAACAGUUCCCAGAGUUUAAGAUCACCAAUAGAGACAUGACCCUGGAACAAUUCAAGUCCAUAUAUUGGAUGGAAUAUAUUCACCGGAUGUGGGGACGCACAAUCGGAGCUGUUUACUUCAUCCCCGCCGCUGCAUUUUGGGCUUUGGGUUACCUGAGAGGAGGCAUGAAACAACGAGUCGUGUUGAUGGGCGGUCUCCUGGCCGGACAGGGCUUGAUGGGAUGGUACAUGGUCAAGAGUGGUCUGGAGGAGAAGCAAGGAUACGAUACAACACCAAGAGUCUCCAAUUUGAGAUUAGCGGCUCAUCUGGGUACGGCCUUCGUCCUCUACGCUUUUCUCUUCCGGAGCGGGUUGCAGCUCCUGCUGCCCCCUCAACAGCUCGCUCCGACCCAGGCUUUACGGAAGCUCAUCGUUUUCGGACACAUGAGCAAGGGUCUCGUCUUCUUCACCGUGUUGAGCGGAGCCCUGGUGGCCGGAAUCGAAGCAGGCCUUGUCUACAACUCUUUCCCCAAAAUGGCCGAUCGAUGGAUCCCAACGGAUGUCCUGGCCUUCGAUCCCAAGUGGCGGAACUUCUUCGAGAACCCCACGACUGUUCAGUUCGACCACAGGAUCCUGGGUGAAUCAGUCUUUUGCGCGAUCACCGCCCUCUACCUGUACUCAAGGAAAGUACCGAUGCCCCCUCGAGCGAGGUUCGCUGCGAACGUCGUGCUAGCAGCAGCAUGGAUGCAAGUCGCCCUGGGCAUCACGACUCUAUUGAAUUACGUGCCCACUCAUUUAGCUGCGACUCAUCAGGCCGGAGCGCUGACUCUUUUCACGACGCUGCUGUGGUUGACUCAUGAGCUGAAAAUCGACAAAAAGUUGGUGAAGACGUUGCGGGCUAUUCCCAAAUAAAGAGACUUAGAGAUUCAGUCGAGAA